AUGGGGCUCAAGAUUUCCUGGCCCAAGCGGCCAGGGCUCCUUCAUUCUGGGACCAAGCCACUCGGAUAUGCGAAGUCCUCGUCAACAACUCCCCACCAUGCGAUUCCAAUCCAAGCGGCCUCGUCGCCGCCCAGAAAGGCUCCUCUCUCGGUGAUGCCGGCGAAGACGUUUCUUCGGAGUCUGCUGUUCACGUCGGUCAUGUCGUCGCCGCUCCUGAGACCUUGCGUGUCGAUUUUGAAAUAUGUGGUCGAGUCGAAGUCGUUCCUGCUCAGUCCUUCUAAGAAUCCGAUUAUGAAUUACCUACUACGCACAACAAUUUACAAUCACUUCUGUGCGGGAACAAAUGAGAUCGGAGUGCGACGGACGGUUCAGGAUAUGAAGAGUCUAGGAUUCAAGGGUGUCAUCUUAGGAUAUGCCCGGGAGUCUGUCGCGAGGAUGGAGGGUGCUGAUUCCCGAUGGGAGACCGUGAGCCAGAAAGGGCUGGAAGAGAGUGCCGUGGAGGAAUGGAAGCAAGGGAAUCUGCGAACGUUGAAGAUGAUUGGCGAAGGGGACUAUCUUUCCGUCAAAUUCACCGGCGCCGGACCCGCGGCUGUCGAGGCUCUCGCGCGUGGCGACCUUGUUCCUCCCCCGCAGAUCAAGCAGGCAAUCACCGAGCUCUGCGCGGCGACUGCGGCACAGAACUCUCGUCUGUGGAUCGACGCCGAGCAGCAGGUCUUCCAGCCGGCAAUCGACGCCUGGACGAUCGAUCUUAUGAGACAGUUCAAUCGACAGGGAGCCGUCGUGGUACUCAACACGAUCCAGGCAUACCUGAAGUCAUCCGCAGAGAAUGUCCACCAUCAUCUGUGUCUUGCCGGAAAAGAAGGCUGGUCGUUGGGUAUUAAACUGGUCCGCGGCGCAUACAUCGCCCAUGAUAUUCGAUCGCGCAUCCACGACACCAAAGCGGAUACCGACCGCAACUACAACCACAUCGUGGAAUGUCUGCUCACUCAGAGAUUUCCACUGGGAGAGUCGGAGGGUACACCUGUGUUCCCCGACGCGCGAUUGUUCGUGGCCACGCACAAUGCGGAAAGCGUGCGGAAGGCAUCUUCCCUGUUCCAGCACCGCGUUGUGAACGGGUUCCCCACGAUCCCGAUCGAGGUGGGCCAACUGCAGGGCAUGGCCGAUGAGGUGAGCUGCGGGUUGGUGGCGCAACACCAGGCCGGAAAUUAUCUACCAGCAGAAGGAAAGCCUGUCGCUGCUAGCGCGGUCCCCGGCGUGUUUAAAUGUCUGGCGUGGGGGACCACUCAGGAGUGUCUGCAUUUUCUGCUACGUAGGGCAGUUGAGAAUCAGUCGUCCAUGGAGAGAACGCGAGAUACGGCUGCAGCUUUGAGAGAGGAAGCGAGAAGACGAAUUGGGUUGUGA